AUGUCGCUCGUCCCUUUCAAUGCGAUUGGAGAUCAUGCACGAAACUCACCGAACGCUAAUCAAGUUUCAAAGUCUUCAAGUUUCGCCCGGCAUCGAAGUAUUCAUACAGGCACGCGAUACAAGUGUGCCCAUAAUGGUUGCUUUAAAAGAAAAACUACGAUGGUUAAGCACCAACGCAGACCGCACCAGAAAGAAAUGAAAUGUAACGACAUCCUAGGCGAUGGCUCCUUAGGCUCAGACGACGACGAGCCUCCCUCGACCCCCCAGCAUUCUGCGAUGAGCUGGCCGCCUCGUGAUAUUGUGUCUAUAGAGCAAGCGACUCCACACGGCCCGUUACAUCGCGAGGCUUCAUAUGUCGACUUAAAUCAACAAGUCCACGACCAGCAUAUGCUACAGCAAUACGCCAAUCAACACGGCAUUCCUUCAAGUGUGUCUCAAGAGUUCCACGGCCAACCCAUACCUGACUAUUAUGUCGGUGCUUCAACGCCCCGUCGAACCACGACUAUGUCACGUCAAAUGUACUAUGUUACCGAGCAGGGCAAUCCGGAGGUUGUAACGAUGACUAACGCUGCGCAACCUCAUUACCAGCUUCCUCAACAAGUGGAAAGACGUCCUACGGGGUUGCCGUAUUCAACCUUGGCCAUCGCAGCCUCGAUUCAAAGUAGCCCCAGGACCUUUUCCGCAACGUCGUUUUCUAGCCCCAUGGUUCAGGAAUGCUUUUACACAUAUCUACUCAGGAACCAGCCAGAAUAUGCACAAACAGACUUUCAGCAGUCUAUCAUCCAAUAUCAGCAACCUAUGCAACAGCUCAUGAGCCAGUCCCAACAGGAAAAGUGGUCAAAUGAUGACCUUCCAAUCGGAGUUACGGCUAUCGGACAGCUGCCGGCAUACGGGACUGCGGUUUAUGAU